AUGCUGGGCAGCCCAGAGCAGCCUGGAGUGAUUCCCCGGGCUCUCAUGGACCUCCUACAGCUCACCAGGGAGGAGGGCGCCGAGGGCCGGCCCUGGGCUCUCUCUGUCACUAUGUCCUACUUAGAGAUCUACCAGGAAAAGGUGAUAGACCUCCUAAACCCUGCAUCUGGAGACCUGGUGAUCCGAGAAGACUGUCGAGGAAACAUACUGAUUCCGGGCCUCACGCAGAAGCCCAUCACUAGCUUUGCCGACUUUGAGCAGCACUUCCUGCCGGCCAGUCGAAAUCGGACGGUAGGACCCACUCGGCUCAACCAGCGCUCCUCCCGCAGUCACGCUGUGCUCCUGGUGAAGGUGGAUCAGCGGGAACGCUUGGCCCCAUUCCGUCAGCGGGAGGGGAAGCUCUACCUGAUUGACUUGGCUGGCUCAGAGGACAACCGGCGUACAGGCAACAAAGGCCUGAGGCUGAAGGAGAGUGGAGCCAUCAACUCCUCGCUCUUCGUAUUGGGCAAGGUGGUGGAUGCGCUGAACCAGGGCCUCCCACGCGUGCCUUACCGGGACAGCAAGCUCACCCGCCUCUUGCAGGACUCUCUGGGUGGCUCAGCCCACAGCAUCCUCAUUGCCAACAUUGCUCCCGAGAGAUGCUUCUACCUAGACACAGUCUCUGCACUCAAUUUUGCUGCCAGGUCCAAGGAGGUGAUCAACCGACCUUUUACCAAUGAGAGCUUACAGCCUAAUGUCUUGGCACCUGUGAAACUGUCUCAGAAAGAACUGGUAGGCCCUUCAGAGGCAAAGAGAGCCCGAGGCCCUGAGGAAGAGGAGGUUGAGAAUCCUGAGCCCCUGGCACCUCCAGCCUCUGCUUCUCAGAAAUUCAGCUCCCUACAGAAGCUAAGUAGCAUGGACCCAGCCAUGCUAGAGCGCCUCCUGAGCUUGGACCGUCUGCUGGGCUCCCGGGGGACCCAGGGAACUCCUCUGCUGAGCACCCCAAAGCGAGAGCGAAUGGUGCUCAUGAAGACCGUGGAGGAGAAGGAUUUGGAGAUUGAAAGGCUUAAGUUGAAGCAAAAAGAACUGGAAGCCAAGGUGCGGGCCCAGGAAACUGUGGACCCAAAAGAGAAAGAGAAUUGCUCUCCCACAAUGCCCCGACCUCUUGCCCGCCGCACAGUCACAGUGGCGAAGCCCCUCAAAAAGGCUGUGGUGCUCCCCCUACAAUUGAUUCAGGAGCAGGCAGCAUCCCCAAAUGCUAGCAUCCAUAUCCUGAAGAAGAAAAGCCGCAAGAGAAAGUUGGAGGGCCUGGAUGCCACAGAGUCCAAGGAAAAGGCUGAGGACUGCUGGGAGCUACAGAUCAGUCCAGAGCUACUGGCCCAAGGGCGCCAAAAAAUAUUAGAUAUGCUGAAUGAGGGCUCAGCCCGGGACCUGCGCAGCUUACAGCGCAUUGGCCAAAAGAAGGCCCAGCUCAUCGUGGGCUGGAGGGAGCUCCAUGGCCCCUUCAGCCAGGUGGAGGACUUGGAACGUGUGAAGGUCAUGUCAGGGAAACAGCUGGAGUCUUUCCUGAAGGCGAACAUCUUGGGCCUCGCCGCGGGCCAGUACGGCAGCCCCUCCUGA